GAGGAGGAUCCCCCCACCAGUGACCCGGAUUCACACAACGCCCCAUUGUGCGGGGGAAGCCACGUGGGCCCUGUGGGGCGGGGCCGGGCCGUGGGAACGGGACACAGACGGAGCCUGGAAAGACCCCGGCCCGGAGGGUGACCUGGCACCAUGGCUGACCCCGGCCCGCGCUCGCUGCUGUACGAGGGGCUCAUGCUUCCGGCCCUGGUGCACAGCGAGGAGAGCCUGCGAUACGCCCAGUUCGGCUUCCAGGUGCGAGACAGCGACGUCUUCAGUGUCACCUACCCCAAAUCGGGCACCACCUGGAUGCAGGAGCUGUUGACCCUCAUCCACAGCGAUGGGGACCCCCGGUUGGCGCAGUCGGUGCCCUCCUGGGAGCGGGUGCCCUGGCUGGAGCAGAUCACAGCAGCCGGGUUCCUGGAGAACAGGCCCUGUCCUCGGCUCAUCUCUUCCCACCUGCCCUGCGGCCUCUUCCCCACCUCCUUCCACGGCUCCAACGCCAAGGUGAUCUAUACUGUGAGGAACCCCAAGGACGUCUGCGUCUCUCUCUAUCAUUACUCUAAAAUGGCCUCGUUCCUGGAGUUCCAGGAGGAUUUUGGGGAAUUUGUGGAGCUCUUCAGUGCAGGCAAAGUGCUGUUCGGCUCCUGGUUCCAGCACGUGAGGGGCUGGCUGGGCCUUAGGGACCGGCUCCACUUCCUCCUCCUGACCUAUGAGGAAAUGCAUCAGGACCUGCGGGGCAGCGUGGAGCGGAUCUGCCGGUUCCUGGGCAAGCAGCUGGACGCGCGGGCGCUGGACGGGGUGGUGGCAAACGCCUCCUUCCAGGCCAUGAAGCAGAACAAGAUGUGCAACUACAGCCUGGUGCCGGAGAACAUCAUGGACCAGCGGGUCAGCCCCUUCCUGAGAAAAGGGGUCCCUGGCGACUGGAAGGGGCACUUCACGGUGGCACAGAGCCAGGCGUUUGACCGGCUCUACCAGGAGCAAAUGCAGGAUGUGGGUGUCCGAUUCCCCUGGGACGAGGCCUGAGGGGUUGCCGCCCCCUCCACCGAACAGCUACAGUCUGUAGGGACCCCUAGAUCCGUGUGUGUGGGCACUUGAAUAGUCUGCAGAGCAGGGGCUAGAACCCAGGAGUCCUGGCUCCCCCCCAACCCCCGCCCUGCGCUAACCACUAGACCCCACCCCCUCUCCCAGAGCCAGGGAUAGAACCCAGAAGUCCUGGAUUCUGUUCCUGGCCUCUGUCACUCUACAGCCAUUUGGGCUCAUCAGCAUCUGUGCCUCGGUUUCCCUCUCUGUGGAAUGGGGCCAAAGCCCCCUUCCCGGGCCCUGGAUUAAUCCUGUAGCUGCGUGUCACUAACAACCCCAGCACGAAAGUGUGCGGCUGCUGUGUGGGGAACCAGCCACCAGGGGGCGAAGCCUCUCCAGAAAUGGAGCGGGGGGGGGGAGGCUUUCCCUGGCAAUGGGCACUGAGGCCCCUUGGGGGCGCUGUGCCCCAUACAGAGGGUCUGUGCCAGGCCUUGCCAGGGGCACCCCUCCCCCAGCCCCAUAGCGCCCCCCCCCAGGUACCCAAAGAGCAUCCCACUCAGCCUCCCCCUCCCCACCUGCCUCAGCCCCCAGCACCUGCCCACACCCCUCCCCCUCCCAGCUCUAUAAGGGGUUGGGGGGGAUUAGCUGGGCUCAGGGUGACGAACCCAACGUCCCUCCAUCUCCGGCAGGGGCUGCAGCCUGGAGUCCCCUUCCUCCAUCCCUGCCCCCGAAUCAGUCCCCUGGGCCCAUCUACCCCGGUAUCCCACCCCCUCCCUGUCCCCCGGAUCAGCCCCCGGGCCCAUCUA